CUGUCAGCGACACGCCCACACGGAGGCGGAGAAGCGCCGUUCAUUCACCACGCUCUUCCGCUUCCUGGCGAAAGAAACAUGGCGCUGCCGUGGAGGCAUUGCCGCAGGUGGACUGCGGGUAGUAAUGGGGCAUCUUCUUUAGUAAACGCGGUCUCUGCCGCUGUCACAGCAGCGGGAAGGAGAGUGGAGAUUACAACCUGUGUGGGAGUCCGCGGCAUUGCGGGAACCAAGGUAUCCUCUGCCAGCAGACAUGUUAAUCUUUCUGCAGUCAGGAUAUCUAGCGCUCUACUAAGUCAUAAUUACAGGUCUCUGAACACUACGGAGAAUGUCAGCUGUUUUAAAAAGUUGCAUAGUGAUGCCAAAGCAAAGGAUCCCUUCACAUUGGCUCAAAAAGACUUGUAUAACUUAUAUGAUGAUAUCAAAAAGGAGAUGCUUGUGUCUAAAGCAGAGCUUAAGUCUCUGUGUGAAUACUACUUUGAUGGGAAGGGCAAGGCCUUACGACCCAUGAUAGUGGUGCUGAUGGCCAGGGCGUGUAACCUGCACAGCAACCGUGGCGGUGACCUCCUCCCAGGCCAGAGGUCCAUAGCUAUGAUCUCAGAGAUGAUCCACACAGCCAGCCUGGUGCAUGAUGACGUCAUCGACGGGUCCAACAAGCGCAGAGGGAAGAACACUAUUAAUGAAGUGUGGGGCGAGAAAAAGGCCAUCCUGGCGGGCGAUUUCAUCCUGUCUGUGGCCUCCAUGGCAUUGGCUCGUAUUGGGAACACCAGUGUGGUGGCUGUACUGUCCCAAGUCAUCGAGGACCUGGUGCGAGGUGAAUUCAUGCAACUUGGAUCGAAAGAAAGUGAAAACGAGAGAUUCAAGCACUACCUCGAGAAAACCUUCAAGAAGACGGCGAGUCUCAUCGCUAACAGUUGUAAAGCAGUAUCGAUUCUGGUGAACUCUGACCCUGAGGUGCAUGAGAUUUGCUUCCAAUACGGGCGAAAUGUUGGAAUCGCUUUUCAGCUGGUGGAUGACGUUCUGGACUUCACUUCCUGUGCCAGUCACCUGGGGAAGCCCUCUGCUGCAGACCUCCGGCUGGGCCUGGCCACUGGGCCUGUGCUGUUCGCCUGCCAGCAGUUUCCUGAGCUGCAGGCGAUGAUUAUGAGGAGAUUCAGUUCCAGUGGGGACGUAGAGCGAGCCUGGCAGUAUGUCAUGGAGAGUGACGGCAUCCAGCAGACUAGCUACCUCGCCCAGCGUUACUGCCAGGAGGCCGUGAGACAGAUCAGCAAACUCCGCCCCUCCGCUGAGCGGCAGGCGCUGAUCCGGCUGACCGAACUGGUCCUGUCCCGGGACAAGUGAACCCCGCCCUCCCGAACACGACGUCACUCCAGGCAGCUAUUCCUCGGGAGUGGAUCCCACUGAAGGGGCGGCCCACUUAACGACCAGCUGUGCUCAGCUAACUAAUACGCCUGGCCACCAAAUGUGCCUUUGUUCCUGGUUACCGCAUGCAUGUUUACAUAGUAUUUCCGGUUGAGGGGACAUGCAAACUUUUUAUCAAUUAUCGGUUAUAACAGUGUUUGUUCACUUUCUGUAUUUUCAGAGCACUUUACAGAAAAAUGUAAUGUUAAAGAAGCUAGCAAGCUUGCCACUUGCUGCUAGCUUGACUGUACUUUCCCAUGGCAGAACAGGUUACCAAGUACACACGUUUCUAAUGCAUCAGGUCCAUUUAUUUCAGUUUCUCAGGUAUUGGCCAUUAGUAAUCCUGUAAUUGGAAAUGCAGUAUGUAGACAUGUAGGAUGUGAUGAACCAGGAGCUGGAUACAUUUGGUACUGCGGGCACAUCCGGUCGUUCGGCCAGUGAGCGGGUGGAGGAGUGGGAGCGCGUGGGUGACCUGCACUUAAACUGAAAAAUGGUCAAACCCACUGUGCAAAGGCAGACCUACUGUGACCCAUCAGGCGCAAACAAAUCUUGCUGAAAUAGUCUGUGAAUCUUUGUGAGUCCAGCAUAAUAAUCAAAAUGGCUUUCAGAUAGUUGUCGAAUCAGAGGCAGGGAAUUCGGUUUUCCCGUCUCCCAUUGGCAGUAUUGGGUCCACCCCCUUUCCACUUGUGUGUCAUAGAGGUGCACAGACAGGAAGUAGAGGAAUCACUGCGUAACGGUCAGACCGUUGCACUCUGUACUGUAAGACACGGUUAUGUCUCCGGCUCCCUGCCAGUCCCAAAGGCAUCUGGGAUAGGCACCUGGGGAGACGGUGGACUUCUGAGGUUCAAUGGAAUUGUAGAUGUUACUGUUGCGUGGACUCGUUUACAGGCGUCCUUAAGGAUCCGUCCACACUACAAGGCCGGUGUGUGUGUGUGCGCGCACGCGCGCACGUGGGCAGUAGUACCCAGUGUACUACAAGUUUAAACAUUGUAUUAAUUCAACGAACAAAGCCUUAUUCCAUGUGAACUGUGUACUCAAUGAUUCAGAAUAAAAGCCAAUGUUUUUUUUAAA